AUGUCUGAGAAUCUCUGCAAUUUAUCAGAUAGUGCCAACUUACACCUGAAAUUUGAAUCGCUGGGAACACAGUUAGAGACUGAAAAAAGACAGCAUCAGCUGAAGAUUAUCACUGACAUGGGAGAGGGACUGAAGAUGGUGCUUAAAGGGAAAGAAAGAUUGGUGAAUGAUAAACUCAGCCUUCUUAGUAGUAACUGGAUUGCAGUAACUUCACGAGCUGAGGAAUGGCUUAAUUGGCUGCUGACAUAUCAGAAACAUAUGGAAACAUUUUUUCAAAAUGUUGCUAAUAUCACCACAUGGAUAUAUCAAACCGAAAUACUCUUGGAUGAAUCUGAAACCCAGAACCCUCAACAGAGAGCCAAUAUUCUAAAGUGCUUAAAAGGUGAGCUGAAUGAUAUGCAUCCAAAGGUAGACUCUGUUCGUGACCAGGCAAUUGACUUGAUGACAAACUAUGGAGGUCACUGCAGGAAAGUAAUAGAACCUAAACUGAUAGAGCUCAACCAACAGUUUACAACAGUAUCAGAAAGAAUUAAAUGUGAAAAGCCCUUCAUUUCGUUGAAGGAAUUGGAGCAGUUUAACUUUGACAUACAAAAAUUGCUUGAACCACUGGAGGCUGAAAUUCAGGAGGGGGUGAAUCUGAAAGAAGAAGAUUUCAAUAAAGAUAUGAAUGACAAUCAUGAGAGCACUAUAAAAGAACUGCUUCAGCGUGGAGAUAUGCUUAACCAAAUGAUCAAGGAUGAACAAAAAAGAGAAGAAAUAAAAAAGAAACAACAUUUGUUGCAAAACAGACAUAAUUCUCUCAAGGAUAUGAGAUCGCAAAGAAGGAAAAAAGCUUUGGAGAUUUCACAUCAGUGGUAUCAAUAUAAGAAGCAGGCAGAUGAUUUAAUGAAGUUCCUGGAUGACAUAGAAAAAAAAAUGUCAGUCCUCUCAGAUCCCAUAGAUGAACAUAAACUAAAGGAAAUUAAUCAAGAACUGGAGAAGAAGAUGGAAGAGCUGAAUGUGGUACAGAGGCAAGCUGAUCGCUUGUCUAAGGAUGGAGCUGCAAAAGCAGUGGAACCAACCCAAAUACAGCUCAGCAAGCGCUGGCAAGAUAUUGCGAGCAAAUUUGCUCAGUUUCGAAGACUCAACUAUGCGCAAAUUCAAACUGUUCAUGAGGAGACUACUGUACUGAUGACUGAAGGUAUGUCAAUGGAAACUUCUUAUGUGCCUUCUGCAUACCUGGCAGAGAUCCAACAGCUUCUACAAGCUUUGUCCACCUUGGAAAACUUCCUUAAUUCUCCUAUCCUUCAGGGAAAGGACUAUGAAAAUCUUGUUAGAAAAGAAAAUGAUCUCAAGAAAAUUAAGGAUACCAAAAGGAGAUAUUCAAAUCAAAUUGAAAUCAUUCAGAACAAAAAGCCUGCAGUUCUGAAAAGUCCCACACCUGGUGAAGCUAUGAAAAUUGAGGAAAAGCUGAUUCAACUUACUUCCCAAUGGGAAAAAGUUAAUAAGAUAUAUUGGGAUCGAUGGGCAAAAUUUGACAAAUCAUUGGAAAAAUGGAGAAAUUUCCAUCAUGAUAUGAAGAAUUUUAACCUCUGGCUAACUGAAAUAGAACAAACUUUAGCUAAAAUAAGAGUAGAAACUGAUGAUCCAAAUGUUUCUAAAAGCAUCCAGGAUCUUCAGGAUGACAUUGGGAGGCAGCAAGCUGUUGUCAGAACUUUGAACACCGUUGGAGAUGAGAUUAUUGAGCAAUCAUCAACAACAGAUGCCAGCAUUUUAAGAGAAAAAUUGGACAGCUUGAAUUUCCGAUGGAAGGAAGUCUGCAGGCAGUUGGCAGAGAGAAAAAAGAGAUUUGAUGAGGAACAGCAUCUUCUGGCAGAAUUACAGCAUAACUUCAAUAAGUUUAUUUUAUGGUUAAACGAAGCCAGCAGUGUUGUCAGCAUUCCAGCUGAGCCAGGAAAUGAAUAUCAAUUAAAAGCCACCCUUCAAAAAGUAAAGGGAAAAAAAUAA